UCAAAGUGGUUCGUUGAGGAUAUUGGAAGUUUUCCACCAAAACUGAGACGGAGAAAUUCGCCAUGUUUAGUCGAGCUCAUCACGAAAAGCUAAGUAGCGCUUUCCUCGAGUAAUAGAAUAUCUUAUCAUAGUGCGUUUUUUUAUCCCUCCUUUAAACUUGAAGAUUCGUGUACCAGGGGGCUUUCUCAGUCUAGUAUAGGCAAUUCAGGAAAUACUAUUCGCAUUUCACUCUGGUUACAGGAAGUUUGUGUUCGUGGAGGAAUCGUCAACGUAACGCACGGAGCCGACGGUGAGGGGCAGCAAAGGCGUUGAGAUGCGUUACAAAGUCAUGUAAGAACUGGUAGAUGACACGAGGAGGAUCUCUUGAAGCCCAUCCAGGUACAUGGUUCUUUCCAUUUCCAUCCUCCCAUCACUCAAACUUGUCUCCGGGAGGAAAAUCUAAUUGGAAAAUCGGAGGUUCGAGCGGUUUUCACGAGUGGAAGUGGACGAGUGGCGUUAUGCAUGGUGACGGAAGGAAAGCUGACCAAAGGCUACAAGUGAGGGAAGAAAAGCGUGCAUACUGGGAGCUUGAGCUCGCUUCGACGGGUAAAAGAUGUCGCCAAAGAGGUUUUGGAAUGUUGUCGAUGGGUUCAACGAGUGGCAAGAAGGCGACACCAUACAGGCAUGGAGAAGCAAAGAACUCGCGAGGACGCGUCCGCGACUCUCUAGCCAGCGAGAAGAAACGCUCGAAAUCAUAAAGGUCGAAAAACUGGAGAAGACUCUAAUCAACUGCUCGAAAACAAGCAUGUCGUCCACAGACAGUGCCAAAUCGGUAAAGAACAUUCUCAUUGCAAGAUCGGCUAUGUCGUCGAUGCGGUCCAGCCUGCGAAGACUGUUAACGCGAGAGACAAAAUAUCCCACUAAUGCGCCAGCUCCCUGCCGUCUUCUCCCGCGCGCAGGCACCAAGAACAGCCACAAAGAUUCUCGCGUCCUUGAUCCAGCAUGAUGGAGAAAAGUUCCAGUGCCAAAUCCUUUUCUCCACUCCGAGAACUUGGUGUCAAGGCUCCGUUGUCGGUGUAACUGGAAAAUCUGGGCAUGAUUCCGAGAGCAGGCCACAACUCUGAGAUUGCGUGAGCAGCUGGCGAUUGCGGAGAUUGCAUUGUGAUUCCACAGGUUUUGUCAGUGAAUGCCGCCAAGAACUCAACAGAGCUGGUUGCCAGGCUCACACUGCGCAGACCAAGCGCACCACACCGCGGGGAAUGAAGCGCCGGCGAUUCUCACAGCAUUGUGUUGGUGGUUUGCUGCGAGCAAUAGGAUGCUCGCCGAUUAUUUGGAAACAAAAAGUAUUUCCACCAAGUCACUAGGCACUUUGUUUAAUGCUUUUAUUCAGACGUAUUGGAUUCUUUUGAAUAAGAAAGGAAAUUAUAAAAAAGGCAAUUGCUACAUCAAGGCUAGGGUUAAACAGACUUUCAAGGGGAUGGCGCUUGACGAAGGUAAGCCUCAAGAAGAGGUGCUACUUGAUGCACUUUGGAAGCUGAAGGAGCUCUACGAGCUACUCAAAAUACCUCCCCCACAAGAGGAAGAAGCUGCUACACCGAGCACUGAAUCGAUGGAGGAGCACAGGAAAUUGAUGGACGAGCAGAUGGCACUGGUGCGAUCUAUGGAGGCGAUGGAGUUUAACCAGGCAAGCAUGGGAGACUUGUUCUCGGUGGAAAAGGAGCUGGGUCAGGGAGGCCAAUCAAGUGUCUACCAAAUCAAACGCAAGAGCGACGGUCAAUUGUUCGCUUGUAAAUCAAUUCGGGUCACUGACAAUCUUGAAGACCAAGCGGAGUUAGAGAUGAGAGUACUCACGAAACUCUCCAAGAGCACAGCAAAAAGUGGUGUGGUUCAACUAGUGGACGUUUUCAAAGAACAAGAAUACCAUCACCUUGUCAUGGAGUUGUGCCAGUGCUCGCUGCGAGAUGUGUUGAAGGACAAGGGGAGGCUGAGUGAGCACGAGGCAGCACUGGUGAUGAAGAAAGUGGCCAGGACUGUGGGCGAAAUGCACGACAUGGGAAUAGCUCAUAGGGAUAUCAACACUGCCAACAUCCUCCUAGGGAUUAAGGAGAAAUUUGACAGCAUAAAGGUGGCUGACUUUGGAACGUGUUGGUUGAGCGAGGGGCCAGGCGUAAAGUUUAGGAUGAGCGACCUUUCUGGGACACAGGCUUACAGCGCCCCAGAGAUGGUGAAUUCUGAUGAUGAGUAUGAUGAGAUGGUAGAUGUGUGGGGCGUGGGCAUUGUCUUGUAUGAGAUAUUGUCGGGGCAGUUUGCAUUCUGGGUGGGGAGGAAGGAAGUGCCGGUGACCUCCCUUGACUGGACGGAUGUGAGCGAGGAAGCCAAAGAUCUCAUUCUCCAGCUGCUCCACUUGGACCCGAGAAAGAGGCUGCCAAUCCAUGAGAUUGAGAAGCAUCCAUGGGUCGUCAAGCAUUCUGCUGUACAGCAGGAAUUGUGUCUGGAGAUGGAUUUGAAGCCGGGCUUGAAGCGAAGGCGAGGUGAUCAGGAAGAAGCAGAGGAAAGUCUUGUGGCAAAGAAGGUGCGGCUUUGGAGCAUAAGUUGCCUUGACAGUUUUGGAGAAUGAGAAUGCCAUCCGAGGAGCACUACGAGCGUCUGUUGGACAUGUCUGGUCGGGCCGAAAGAAAUUCUAUCCCAGCCACGUUGUACGGGGGAAUUUUCUUGCCUUCAAGAACGAAAAAGAGAGAAAAGAAUUCCUACCA